GUACCAUUCCCCAAGUGGAGUUGGAGUAGGACGACAGCGUGCUAUAUACUGGAUAUAGCCCCUGCUUCUCUCCUGCGUCCCCCCUUUUCUCGGGGGUCUCUUUUCGAGGAGAAACGCCUGGCGAAGGGCGCGUCAUUGUCCGCCUGUUCGAGUUAGGGUUGCAAGCAAGCUGAAGAACAGGCUUGCACUGGAAUGGAGUUCACAAGCACAGCACACCGCUCACCCUCAGACAGCAAGGAUCAAGCAGGACCCCCUCAUCGUCCAUAUACCCACACUCACCGUCGCCCCCGCAAUGUCUCGCAACAUCGACAACGCCCGCCUACGGGCCGACCUGACAGCAGAACUCAGUAGUACCAUGGCGGUCGGCGAGGACACGGCGACGUUGACGGACUAUUGCAUCUUGUUGGUUGGGAUGGAGAAGGAUCGGGAGUCGUUGAUUGCGGACCUUAGUGAUGUCACAUCAGCGGAAGACGCCGAGAAGCUAGCGACUUGGAUCACCCAGUGGCUGGAGAGGAAUGAGGGGACGGGGCCGGGCACUGCGGAAAAUGGCGAGGAUCAUAAUGGGGAUAUGGUCAUCCACAUCGAUGAUGCAAAGUCCGAUGAGGAAGUCGAAGAUGAUGACGAUCCCGAUCAGCACCCGAGGAGAAGCCGGGUCAAUUCAGCCUCAUACGCCGGAACCCCCGCGAGUCUUUUGGUGAAAGCAGUGCUUGACUCUGCAAACAAUACUCAAACGUCGCGAAAACGCCAGCGCGGGGAUGCCUCGAUAUCCAACGAUCGGGCGAACGCGACUGAAGGAGAUGGGCCACGAAAGGCUGCGAAGAUUGAGGACGGUGAAGAAAACGAUGCAAUGGAGGAGGAUGAUGGCGCGGUCCGUUUCACCAUCACGAUGGGAGCAGGUGCAACAGCCACGCACGUCAUUCCCUCGGCGCGUGCCCAGCCUGACGUGCCACGCUGCACAUACUGGCCCAACUGCACCUGGAGAAACGCCUGCAAAUACUGGCACCCCAAAGAAACCUGCCCAGAUUUCCCAAACUGCACCGCCGGAAACCAGUGCUACUACAUCCACCCCGACGCGGCCGGCGCGACAAACUGCCGCUUUGGUGCCGCUUGCACGCGUCCCGGGUGCGCGUUCAGUCACCCCUACGGGCACGGCGGGAUGGCGAGACGCGGUGGACGUGGUGGAGGGUAUAAUGGCUCGGGUGCUCGUGGGGCCCGCGGCGGCGGUGGUGCGCCCCCACCUGCGCAUCUGCAGAAAACGCAAUGCAGGUUUUAUCCGAACUGCACUAACGUUGCGUGCCCGUACUUUCAUCCGGUCCCACACACGCGUCGAGCGUCUAGCUCUGCGAGCCCGGCACCGCAGACGGCUGAACUUUGCAAAUUCGAGCCUCUUUGCACACGCGAAAACUGUACAUACUCCCACCCCUCCCGCUCGACCCCGGAACCCUAUAAAUCCAAAAAGUUUACCGAUCCCAUCACCGACUCCAACAACACCAACGGCGCCUCCCACAACGCCACCACCACAACCAACUUGAGCACCGGAGGUCUCCCCGGCACCCGCCGCAACAAAACACUCGUUUUGAACAGCAACAGGCCGCAUAUCAGUGAUCGCAGCUUUGCGUUUAGUGACGGCGUUACGGAGCAUUUGGAGGUUGGGAAGACGGCGGGGACGGGGCUGAAGGAGGGGGAGGGGCAGCAGACGCAGACGCAGGGGGAGCAGGAAAGAUAGGUGUGGAUGAAUAGGAGCGGUAAGGAAUGGGG